AAAGUGUUGUUAGUUUCGGUUGCGUGGGCAGCAACUUAGAAAACGUUACAGAUAUGGCCACUGCCAGCAGUCUCCUGUCCGAGGACAGGUUCCUAUGUCCCGUCUGUCUGGAUGUGUUCACCGAGCCAGUCUCAACGCCAUGCGGACACAACUUCUGCAGCGCAUGUAUCCACACCUAUUGGGCCGGCGGUGUCACGUGCCAGUGUCCAUUAUGCAAAAGUACAUUUCCCCAACGACCUGAGCUACAAGUCAACAAGUUACUGUCGGAGUUAGCUGCAGAUUUCCAGACGUUAGUUCAAGUCAAGGCCUCAACUCCUGACCCACAGCGUCCCGGAUCAGCAGACGUUCUUUGCGACAUCUGCUCCGAGACGAAGGAAAACGCGGUUAAAUCUUGUCUGACGUGUCUCGUGUCCUUUUGUGAAGUUCACCUGGAGCCACAUCAGAGAGUUGCCGGUCUCAAGGGCCACACACUAUUAGACCCCGUGAAGAAUCUGGAUGACAGAAUGUGCAAGGCGCACAGCAAGAUGACAGAAUUGUACUGCAGGACUGACCAAGCCUUUGUCUGUAUCUUGUGUAUCAGCACCCAUCACAAGGGCCACAAUGUUGUCCCACUUGAGGAGGAGUAUGAAGCGACGAUGGCGAAAAAAGGUGAGGCGAUGGCGAGUAUUCAAGAGAUGACACGGGCGCGGAACGAGAAGAUAGAGGAGUCGGAAAAGGCGGUCGAUGUCCGCCGAACAGAAGCUGAGAAGGAGAAAGAAGCCAGUGUGCAGGUCUUCACAGACUUGAUCCGCUCCAUCCAGAGAAGCCAGGCCGAGCUGGUUGGGGUGAUUGAUGAGAGAUACAGAGACAUGAAGCAGAAGGCUGACGAUUUGAUCAGAGAACUGAGGGUGGAGGUCACAGAGCUGGAGAGCAGAAGCAGACAGCUGGAGCAGCUGUCCCAGUCCAAGGAUCACCAUUACUUUCUGCAGAGUUUCCCAGCCUUGUGCUGUCCUUUAAACGCCACCUGGGCCCACGUUGGCGGUCACAGCGAUCCGUCUUUCGAGGCAGCGAGAGGCGCCGUGACUCUGCUGCAACUAAGAGUUGAGGAAAUAAUGGAGGAGCUCCCUGAGAUCAAAAUGAAAAGAAUGAGGGAACAUGCAGUGGACUUGACUUUUGAUCCCGACACAGCACAUUGUUCACUUGUCGUAAGUUCGGAUGGAAAACAAGUGAGCCAUCUAGGCACAAACCAGAAUCUUCCCCACAACCCAAAGAGAUUUGAAACGUGUACAGAAGUGUUGGCCAAGGAGGGGUUCACAACAGGGAAGUUUUACUAUGAGGUGCAAGUGGAAGGAAACACCGAGUGGCUUGUGGGAGUGGCCAGAGAGUCUGUGGAUAGGAAAGGGGACGAAAGUCUGUCAGAAAAAUAUGGUGCUUGGUACAUUGGUAUUGAUGAAGGAAUAUGUCGUGCAUAUACUUCAAAAAGUGUGGAGCUCACGCUGAAAGACACGCUGCGAAAGGUGGGCAUCUUUGUGGAUUACAAUAAAGGAGAGGUGUCCUUCUUUGAUGCAAAUUCUAAAUUACAUAUCUAUUCUUUCACUGGCCACCACUUCACAGAGAAGCUUUAUCCAUACUUUAGUCUUCAAGGCAACACAGAUGGGGCCCCUCUCAUCAUAACCCCUGUACCUCAAACACACUGAGCUUGUUUCCUUCUUUUAAGACCACAGAAUAUCUAGCAUUGGUCUCUAUUAACACACUUAGUCUUCUUUAAGUAUUGACAACACAUGUAAACUGUUCUAAAAAAAGGUAAUUCACGUGUAUUCUGUGAAAAAUAUUUGUAUGUUUAUUAUAUAAAGUCUUUUGUCACACAUUUGUCACUUUGCUGGUUUCUUGUAAUUUCCAGUGAUUUAUGUGCAUUUGACACAAACUUAUUUAGUCAUUUUGUCAAUUCCAGAUCUGUUCCAAUAUUAAACUCAAAGUUGUAAAGUA